AUGAGCAAUGUCACAGAAUUUAUCCUCCUGGGCCUGACCCAAGACCCAGAUCUGCAGAAAUUCUUAUUCAUUGUGUGCUUAAUAAUCUAUUUGAUCACACUGGCUGGUAACAUGCUCAUCUCAGUCACCAUCUUCAUCAGCCCAGCCCUGGCCACUCCCAUGUACUUCUUUCUUUCCUACUUGUCCGUCAUAGAUGGUUUCUACUCUUCUUCCAUAGCACCCAAAAUGAUCUAUGACCUAAUCUCUGAGAAGAGCACCAUAUCCUUCAAUGGCUGCAUGACUCAGCUUUUUGUGGAGCAUUUUUUUGCUGCAGCUGAAAUCAUCUUGCUGAUGUCCAUGGCCUAUGAUCGCUAUGUAGCCAUCUGCAAGCCCUUGCACUACAUGACCAUCAUGAACCGACCUCUGUGUGUAUUCCUGGUGGGGGCUGCUGUAAUCUUAGGAUUCAUCCAUGGAGGGAUACAGAUUUUGUUUAUGGCCCAGUUACCAUUCUGUGGCCCAAAUAUCAUUGAUCACUUUAUGUGUGAUUUAAUACCACUCCUGGAGUUGGCCUGCACUGACACUCACACUCUGGGACCCCUGAUCGCUGCCAACAGCGGGUCACUGUGUUUACUCAUUUUCUCUAUGCUGGUUGCUUCCUAUGUGGUCAUCCUUCGCUCCCUGAGAAAUCACAGUGCAGAAGGGCGUCGCAAAGCCCUGUCUACCUGUGCCUCUCAUGUCACCGUUGUUGUCUUAUUCUUUGUUCCUUGUUCAUACCUGUACCUAAGGCCCAUGACCUCCUUCCCCACUGACAAAGCUGUAACUGUGUUUUGCACCCUAGUGACACCUAUGCUGAACCCUCUGAUCUAUACCCUCAGAAAUGAGGAAGUCAAAAGGGUUAUGAAGAAGCUCUGGGGUCGAAUGAGGAAAGCUGGUGACAUGUAA